AUGGAACCGCGGCGGUCUCGCGAGUUGGAGGGGGCCGCCAAGUCCACUCCGACUUACAAUAUCGGAACCGCAACGCCGCCGAGCUUCACGGCAUCGGCAGCAAGGUAUCAAACCGAGCUGGAACAACUCGCGUCCUUUGGCUGUGGGGAGCUCCCCCCGACCGAGUUGGCAGAGACGGCGCCGCCGUCAUUUUAUUCCCCUACCGUCAACGAGAAGCGACUGCAGUGGCGGCUGCAGCUGCUUGAGGAAAUUGCACGCACAAAACCAGUGCCAUCGACGACCAACCUGCCGCGACGCCACCCCACCACCCGCAAAAACGCGCCAGAGAGUCCAUUGACCAAACUACGAGACAAGAGGGGAGUGUUGCAAUCUCGAUUACAAGCACAAGUGAUGGCAAAUGCGACUACGCAGGGCUCUCUGAACAUACAAAUGGGAACGACAGUAGCUGAACCUGUUAUACGCAACAUGCAUGCUCCUGGCCAGGCCAUGGCCUACACAGACGAGAUCGAAGCUCACAGGAUCGCAACCCAUGAUCUCCACGAAACUCUAUCGUUGCCAUUGAAAACGUUCGACCAACAGGCUGUGCUUGCUGGACCGCCCGACAUCGAUAUGUCGCCGCAACGACUCGACGACGACGAGCUGGUGAACGAGCAAUUUUCCGUCAAAGCAGUUGCGUACAAGCAAUUGCUGGAAAUGUCUUUGAUUCAGUGGCGCACCCAACCGCCAGCCUGCGACACUGGCGCAACAAAAUGGGCAGCCACCGGGUCUCGACGCUACCACAACGCGCGGAUCCAUGCCACCAACCACAAUGCACCCCGAUCGCCAUUGCAAGUCACGUUCGCUUCAAGUCUUGAGGACAAUUCGCGGGGUGAUUUGGAACGUCAGUUCCGCCAUUCCACGACAGCAUCAAGACACCUAGCUUCUUCAACAGCAUGUUUUACCAAGCAAAGUUCUGGAACAGAGACGCAGCAACUCCAGCGCCUCACGCCUUGGCACUACGGCAUCGAGCGAAGCCCACAGGCGAGCUCAGAAGUGUUCAAGGAAGCCUUCACGCAAACCUCCCCAACAUGCAACGCGCCACAAACCCUUCCCCCCAUGAGCGCCAUCAAAAACAAAGUUUUACCGGGCGACCUCCACGAGAGAUUUUCUGUCGACGGGGUGACCGUCCCCAAUGCUGUCUUGGUCCACCCUGCCGAGGUGCAAGAUCGCGAUGCCACCUGCACACAACAGACAGGUACGGCUAGCUCCAGCGCUGCGACCACCCAGCUGCAAGUCACAGAUGUCUCUUUUGACGGCCACAGCGAGCUCGCUCGAUGUAUCGAACGCGAUGAAGUUCCAAGCACGAGCAGCCCCUCGGAUAUCAUUCCAUGGACCCAAACCGGCGAAACGACACCGAUGCGAGCUCACCCACAAAACUUGACAGCGCCUUGGACUUUGCUGGAAACAGUGCAAUAUGGCUUCAAAGUCUUCGACGGUGCUGCAAGUCAAACCAACGACUUGAUUCGCCUGGAUUCGGAUGCAUCAGCCGGUCGGAACAUGCACUUCCUUCGAGACGGCGCUGCCACAGUGAUGAACCUUCCGCUCGACAACACCUCGAUGGUCAUGGUGGAGACGGCGUCAUUCAGCAAGCUCGACAGCGCAACAGAAGAGAGCUUCGUCCAGCAGCAUGUUGACGGAACGACCUCGACGACAGGACAUGGAGCAUUCCAGUGUUUGAAAGGAAUUUUUUCAUGCAAAGCAGUGCCGUUCCGCGACAAAGUUUGCUUGGCCAAAGGAUCGCCGUCCGUUGCGCCGUGCGGCCGCCCAAGAGAGUUUCGACAACAGAGGAAUUUCGUGCCGCCGACCAGUGCCGCCCGACAACGCCGCAGGAUGAGCGAAGAGGGGAAUGCGACGUCCUCUGCAGCUGCAACGCAGCCACUGGGACCCAGUACCAAGACAAAAAUGAAGCUCCGAUCCCAGUCCACGCGGGAGCUCGUACAGUCUGCGCGGGGCGUGCGUCGCAACACGUCAUUUUCCACCUCGGGCGGCAAUCUCUGGUCGCACAGCAGCCACGGCAUGCGAGGGUCAUCUUCGACGAACAAUCUUGUGGGAAUGACAAAGUCCGCCCCAGGGAAGAAAAAGGUUCGGGGAAAUAGCAUGUUUGCCGCCGACAGCCUCAGCAUGACCGCCUCGACGACGUCGUCGCGGCGGUACGGUGGGAGUUCGCGGCAUAUGAGCUUAGCCCAUACGGCCACGUCGUCGCUGGACUCGUUGAUUGAGAAGAGAAGAAUGGUUGCCCCCAUGGUAACGCGCACAGGGUACACAUGUGCCACAUGCGGCUCAAGUCUAGUCGUUCAACAUCCGGGCAACGACCAUACCGCAAUGGCCGGGCUGUUUCAUUUGGACGUGGUGCGAAAUCCCAUCGAGGUGCCCACGAAAGGCAAAGACGACGGUAGCGUUGCAAACACCGUGAACCAGAUCUGCGUCCGAGAACAUGUAUGGGAGAAUCAAUAUUUCAGCGUGACCGAGUCGAAGUGGGGCCGCGAGUUUGUCGAUCUUGUUGGGAUGGCGCCAUAUUCCAGCAUGGAAUUGGAGCCGCUGCGUUCGUUGCCCGAUCCAUGGACAAUUGGACACACGAGUGCGUGGAUUGACGAGUGGGCCCCAGUGGCCGCUGUGGACGACCCCAACGACGGCUGGAAAUACGCAGUGUCGUUCAAUUCGUUCCUGAACGAUGUCGACAUCGACGUGGUGCCGGAGGUCGAGGAAAACGUCAAGCGUGCGCGGCGGCGGCAGCUCGUGCGCCAUCGUACGAUCGAGGACACGGAAAAGGGGUGGAUGGGGGAGCUCAAGAAUCGAAGCUUGGCGCAUUCGAUGGCCAAGACGCCGCUCUGCCAUCCGUGUGGGCUCAAGCUCCAGCAAGUGCUGCAAGCAGAUUUGGACAAGCUGAAGGACGAAGCGCGCCAGUACGAUUUGUACCUGGCAAGUCUUGGCGCGCUCUCGACCCCGCACGACCGACCGACUCGAAGCGCCAACUCGAACCCGUCGGCAGCAUCCACUGCCCUCGUUGUCCCCAACCACAGCAAAAGCUACCACCACCACCACGGGCAGAGUCCGUACUCGCACCACCACCACCCAAAGUCAUGGCAGCGCAGCACCCCCGAGGAUGCCAUCACAACGUACGGCCGACAUUCGCAUUCCCGCCGGCUGCACGAUACCGCCACCACGGGUACAAUUGACCUCGACGAGCUAUCGCUGGACGAGCUCCAGCGCGAGGAGGCGACGCUGCAAGCGCUAGUCCACGAAUUGGAUGCUGCGUGUGCCACCACGACUCGCAAUCGAGACCUGGUGUGGCAAUGCGCGAUGGAGCUGCAGGGCGUGAUCCAGACCACGUUUGCCGAAGCGGCGCUCAUCCAUCUCUCCCACGAGUUCACCCACGAAGAGCGCGCAAGCGUCGGUGUCUUCGGUGUGCACGUGUCCGACAUGCUGCGGUGCUUGCAGCGCUACAACGUGUUCAACGACGCGUUCCACAUUUGGCACGACGGGUCGUUCGGGACGAUUAACGGGCUGCGACUGGGGCGGCUCCCGAGUCGGCCGGUCGAGUGGACCGAGAUCAACGCAGCGCUCGGGCAGACGACGCUGCUCUUAACGACCGUGGCGCAGCGGGCGGGCAUGGAAUUCUCGAAAAUCGUGCCGAUCGCGCGCGGCAGCUACUCGAAAAUUGUCGUCGUCCUGGGCAAAGACAAAAAGAAAGAGUACCCGCUGUACAGCGACGGCGGGUUCCUCCAGCGGCAAAAGUUCAACACAGCACUCAAGUGCUUGCUCGAGUGUGUCGAGGAAGCGGGCGGGCAGGCCGCCGCGGAAGAGCCGUCCCUCCGGUUCCCGUACAAGAUCACGCGCGGCAAGAUCGGCGACCUCAGCAUUGAAGUCGGCGGGAACGACGAGCAGUGGACCCGCGCGCUCAAAUAUUUACUGACGCAUCUCAAGUGGCUCCUCGCGUGGGUCGCCAAGCGAUAUCCUUAGACGUGGUCGACUGGUCAUGGGCUGGCGCUCGGUCGAAGGGCGCGCAGAGAUAGCGACCUCAUUUAACAGCCCGACAAUCGAACUUCCGACACUCGACGUCGACGCUACUUUG